AUGCCUUUCCACCCGCCCCUGCGCUGUGCUUGGCACGCCCGGCAGGUGCGCACGGUGCUGUCAGACAAAACAGGCACGCUGACACGCAACCAGAUGGAGUUCUUCAAGUGCUCCAUCGCCGGCACGCCCUACGGCAUGGGCGUCACCGAGGUCGAGAAGGCCGCCGCCCAGCGCGCAGGCCGCCCUCCCCCAGAAGAGGACGAGGACGACGACCAGGUGUAUGUCCCCGAACGCCCCCUGGAGAAGGGCUUUAACAUGCGCGACCCGCGGCUGGACGGCAUGAAGUGGGUGGAGCAGCCGUGCGCCGAUGAGAUCCGACGGUUCCUGGAGGUACUGUCCGUGUGCCACACCGUCGUGGUGGACACGGCUCCCAUUGAGCGCGCUGCUAGCAGUAACAUCUUUGCCAUGGGUAGUGCUGCUGGCGUGGGGAGUGGGGGUGUGUUGGGGAGUGGCGCAGGGGGGAUGAAGAGCAGCAGCAGCAGCAGCAGCGUGAGCGUGGCGAGUGCGGGUUCCAGUGUGAGAGGCGGGGCGGCCAGUGCAAGCGCAGGCGGAGGGGGCACGCCGCUGCUGCCAGGGGAAGGGGGAGGCGGGGGAGAGACACCACUGAUGCCGGGGGGGGAGGAGGCGGUGGAUGGCGAGGCGGUGAGGUUCCUGGCGGAGUCGCCUGACGAGGCGGCGUUUGUGGUGGCGGCCAAGCGCCUGGGGUUCCUGUUCCUGGGGCGCCAGGGCAACGAGCUCAAAGUGCGCGAGUACGGGGCAUGCUGGAGUGUGGUGCAGGACCGCUCCUAUGAGCUGCUCAACACUCUCGAGUUCACCAGCCACCGCAAGCGCAUGUCAGUGGUGGUGCGCACGCCAGAGGGGCGCCUGCUGCUGCUCUGCAAGGGCGCCGACAGCGUCAUCAUGGACCGCCUCUCCGCCUCCGAGCACGCACAGAAGUACCGGCCAAUCACGGAGCGCCACAUGACCAUGUACGCGGAGGCGGGGCUGAGAACGCUGGCGAUCGCGUGGAGGGAGGUGUGCGAGGAGGAGUAUGCGGCGUGGCAGCAGCGGUGGGUGGAGGCGAAGGGGUACGUGGCAGACGCGGGUGUGCAGGCGGAGCGGCUGGAGGCGCUGGCUGACGAGCUGGAGAGUGGACUCGUGCUUGUGGGGGCUACUGCCAUUGAGGACAAGCUGCAGGUGGGGGCGGCCGGCAGGUGGGGGCGGCCGGCAGGUGGGGGCGGGCUGCAGGUGGGGGCGGCCGGCAGGUGGGGGCGGCCGGCAGGUGGGGGCGGGCUGCAGGUGGAGCGCACGAGAGGGCGGAGAAGCUGUGGCUGUGGGCCGCCGUCUCACCAGCUGCGUCCACAAGUGGGAGUACCGCAGGCAAUAGAGACGUUGGCGCAGGCGGGGAUAAAGCUGUGGGUGCUGACGGGGGACAAGCUGGAGACGGCCAUCAACAUCGGGUUCGCGUGCAGCCUGCUGCGCCACCACAUGCAGCAGCACCUCGUCUUCCUCGAGGACAACGACGCCGCCGCCAAGGAGGCUGCCAGAAGGGGCGUACCACUCAAGGAGUUUGCAGCGGAGUUGGUGCGGUCGCAGAUCCUGGCAGCCAGUGAGUCCGUGCAUGGCGCACAGUGGGCACGCGCACAGCAGGCAGGCACCACAACGGCCACUGGGACAACCAGCAACCGUGCCGAUAACCCUGCGCAGGAGCACAGCGGGGACGGGGGCGGAAGCGAGGGAGGAAGUGGGAGUGAGAGUGGGAGUGAGGGCGGGGCGGCACAGGAGCAUGCGGUGGUGAUAGACGGCAAGGCACUGGCGCUGGUGCUGGCGAACGAUGCUCUGCGCGCUGCCUUCCUGGAGCUGGCUCUGCAGUGCGCGUCCGUCAUCUGCUGCCGCGUGUCGCCCAAGCAGAAGGCGCAGGUGACGGCCAUGGUGCGGCGCGAGGGCAAGCAGAUCUGCCUCGCCAUUGGAGAUGGGGCUAACGACGUGGGCAUGAUUCAAAAGGCGAAUAUUGGUGUGGGCAUCCGCGGCGAGGAGGGACAGCAGGUGGGGGGAAUGGUUUGUUGGCGGACUGUGGACACAUUCAUCGCCUAUUCAUCGCCCAUUCAUCGCCCAUUCAUCGCCCCACAUGUUCGCUGUGCUGCUGACCUCGUGCGUGUCUCCCAUGGCCAGGCUGUCAUGGCGUCAGACUUCGCCAUUGGUCAGUUCAGAUUCCUGGAGAGGCUGCUAUUGGUGCACGGGGGAUGGUGCUACAAGCGCAUCUGCAUUCUGAUAACCUAUUUCUUCUACAAGUGUUUUGUGUUCGCGUUCACCAUCCUCUUCUACAACUGCCUUGCAUACUUCUCCGGCACGGCGGUGUACUACGACUGGUACCUCACACUCUUCAUGGUCUUCUUCACCUCACUGCCCAUCGGUGUGGUGGGCGUCAUGGACCAGGACGUCAAGGCCGUCUACCGCCUGCGCUACCCGCAGCUGUACAAGGAGGUGGGUGGGCACCGGGGCCAGCGCAACGAGUACUUCUCAGUGUUGAACGUGGCGAGCUGGAUGGUGAACGGGCUGGUGCAGGCCGCCAUCAUCUUCACGCUCACGCUGCUGCCCUUCGCCCUCGUGCCCGACCGCAGCAGCGGGCUCAUCCUGGACCUCACUGCCAUCGGUACCAUCAUGUAUGCUGCCGUCGUCACCACCGUCAACCUUGAACUCGGCUCCAACGUGCAGUAUUGGAACGCAUUGCAUUUCAUCACCAUAUUCGGCUCCAUCCUCUUCUUCUUCGUCCUCAUGACGGUCGGCAGCUACCUGCCCGCCAAGUGGGUGGGCAAUCUCGUGGGCGUGGCCGGCCAGCUGCUGCCCGCCGCCAGCUUCUGGCUCAACCUGCUGCUCGCCGUCAUCGCCGCCAUGCUGCCCUCCUACGCUAUCCGCGGGAUCUGGAGGAAACGAGCAGCUGGUGCAGUGGAUCAAGUGAAAAGGGAAGCAGUGGGAGUUGUGGAGGUCAAUACUGUGGCGCCUCAACCACUCUCAACCCCUUCAUCCCUGAUGCUCACUCUCUCUUCCCCUCUCACCCCACCGCCUGCUGUAUCUCGUGGCAGGCAUGUAUGCCCGGGUGACCACGAGGUGGUGCAGGAGAUUGAGCGCAGAGAGAGGCGGCGACGGUUGAUGCGGCUCUCCACCAUGGCACGCCACAUGUGCGCCGGUGCACCGCUUGUGACCAAUCACGGCGCAAGUGGCGCUGCUGACGUGGAGAGGUCGGCUCAUGGCUCUGCUGGUAGCGAUGACAGUGGGGAGGGGAAGGGGAAGGGGAAAAAGAAGGGGGUGGGUGGGGUGGGGAACGGGGUUGUGGGAGAGUACCAGGUGGCAGCAGAGCAGGGUCCGAGUGUGGCUGAGGAGUUGAGACACAGACACAGCAGCAGCAGAGACACUCAGCAGUAA